AUCGUGUAAAACAAGACUGGUCCAAGGUAAAGCGUGCCGCCCCUUCUUGUUGAAUGUGCCAGAAGUCAUUGCUCUUCGGGGCCACACUCUAGAGAAGAAUCUACCUCUUUCAAAUUGUUGACAAUCAGCCAUGGUGAACGCAGCCCGUCUUGGUGUUCACUUGCGACCCUUGGGCUUUGACUCCAAGUCAGUGGCAGCUGCUGCCAAAACGUUGAGCCUCUCGUUUUCCUCCGACCCUCUCAUCUGCUGGCUCUACCGCGACCCAUCCGGGCCACGAUGGGAUAGCCUGCUCCCUGCACUACAGAGAUGGCAGGAAUUUCGAGUUCGCGAGUACAUCUUGGCGGCCAUAGGGAUGGAAAUCGUUACUCAAGAAUCGACGCCCACCAACGUCGGCGUGUGUUUCCUGUACCCGCCCGGAUCACAGUACCGCUGGCUAAGACCGUGGUGGUGGGGUUCAUACCUGAGAUACUAUUGGGAGUUUGUUUGGAACAGACCGAAUGAACCAUUGGGUGACGAAAAGCGAGCUGCCGUGAUGUAUGCCCAUCACUACGCAGCGUUCGAUCGAAUCACGAGUAGAUAUGCCCCCGGAUCAGUCUUUUAUCUCGAAAUCGCUGCCGUCAGACCUGACGCGCAGGGCUUGGGAAUUGGCGGCCGGAUCAUGGACUGGGUGGUGGAUCGUAUAGGCGACUCGUCAUGCUUCCUCGAAUGCACCAAUGCCAAAAACGUCCCCUUUUACGAGAAGUACGGAUUCAAGCUCGUGGAGGAAGAGAAGCUCCAAGAUGAGCAUGAUCCAGAGCUGGUAACGACUUUUUAUUACAUGGUCAAGGAAGGUGCCCAAGGAGAAAUCAAGGUGAAGCAGACUUAG